AUGAGACUGUACGCCUAUGUGCUGGAGGGCAGAGAUUUGGCUGUUGAAGACUCCUACGUGAAGCUGCAGCUGGGGAAGUUCAAGUCCAAAACCAGGGUUUUGAAGAACACCAAAAACCCAGUUUGGAAUGAGGAGUUUGCUUUCAGGGUUCACGACAUGGAAGACGAGCUCGUGGUCUCUGUGUAUCGAACCGUCGAGGGCUCUGGGUUCUUCAAUAUGUCCGCGGAUUUGGUGGGUCGGGUUCGGGUUCCAAUAGGGUCGGUUGCUGCCGAGGAGAAUCACAACUUGCCUGCUACUUGGUUCUCUCUCGUGAAGCCCAAAGGUUCAAGAUCGAAAAACAACAGGGAUUGUGGUUAG